CUUACGGUGAUUCUAGAAGAAAUCUCGACAAGUCUUAUCAUGUGGUUUUUCUACACCGUGAUUCCAUGUUUGCUCAUACAUGGAGUUGCCCUUCUGCCUGCCCCUCAGAACCUCUCUGUACAAUCAACUAACAUGAAGCAUCUCUUGAUGUGGAGCCCAGUGAUCAUGGCUGGAGAAACAAUACACUAUUCUGUUGAGUACCAGGGAGAGUAUGAGAGCCUGUACAUGGGCGACUUGUGGAUCCCCAGCAGCAGGUGCUCACCUACCCAAGUUCCCGAGUGUGACGUUACUGAUGACAUCACUGCCACCGUGCCGUACAACCUCCGUGUCAGAGCCACCCUAGGCUCACAGACCUCAGCCUGGAGCAUCCUGAAACACCCCUUUAAUCGAAACUCAACCAUCCUAACCCCGCCUGGAAUGGAGGUCACCAAGGAUGGCUUCCACCUGGUUAUUAAACUGGAAGACCUGGGGCCCCAGUUUGAGUUCCUCGUGGCUUACUGGAGGAGGGAGCCUGGUGCUAAGGAACACAUCAAAGUGGUGAGGAGCAGGGGCAUUCCGGUGCACCUGGAAACCAUGGAGCCAGGGGCGGUGUACUGUGUGAAGGCCCAGACAUUCGUGAAGGUCAUCGACAGGCACAGCGCCUUCAGCCAGGCCGAAUGUGUCAAGGUGCAAGAAGAGACCCUCCCCCUGGCUCUGGCCCUGUUCGCAUUUGUUGGCUUCAUGCUGAUCCUCGUGGUGGUGCCGCUCUCCAUCUGGAAGAUGGGCCGGCUGCUCCGGUACUCCUGUUGCCCCGUGGUGGGGCUCCCGGACACCUUGAAAAUCACCAAUUCACCCCAGAAGUUAGUCAGCUGCAGAAAGGAGGAGGUAGAUGCCUGUGCCACGACCAUGCUGCCUUCUGAGGAACUCUUCAGGACCUGGAUCUAG